AUGAAGGUCGGCUUUUUUGGUACUUGGGAGAACCGCACUAAUCUGGUGUGGUAUUGCCGGAAAGAAGAUGAUGGUACUCUUUACACUUUGUGUUGGCAAUCUAUUGACUUCCCAAGCCCCAUUGUCGCAACCAUCGUGGUGGAUUUAAAUCGUGAUGGUACACUGGAUAUUCUUUUGCAGUGCGAGGAUGCAUCUUUGUACGUUAUCGACGGUCGGAACCGUGAUGGUCUUCCUGUGGCGAUUAACAAGGCAAGUGUUCCUGCUUUUGAUGCCCGCAUACCCCAGGUAAGUGUAGUUAGUGUAUCGAGUCACUGCGGGCUCCCGGAUAUAGCACUGGUUGAUGAAGAAGGAUCUCUUGUUCUCAUGCGAGCCACAACAGAAACGUCUGAUGGCUCAUGCGUUGGGAAAGGCACACCCAACUUUGAGCCGUUAGUAUUGUUUCAAGGAAGCAAAGGUGUGCGUGAGGUGUCCCCACUUAGCAUUGCGUCUGAUGACAUCGAUGGUGAUUGUGCGGCGGACCUGCUCUACACAGUCUAUCAGGUAGACAAGAACUCCUUAGACUUGUACGCUUUCUUUACCGAAAUGGACACUCACGUGCUGUUGUUGACCUUGCAACCAGCGAAUCAUUACGGCCUUCCAAGUAUGGUGGAUGUCAAUGGCGAUGGGGUAGCUGAUAUUGUUUUUCCGAUUUGUGCCUCAGAUCACGAUUCAGUUCCUUUUGGUGAGUGUACUCAAUUCGAUGGAAUUGCCGUUUUCUACAAUGAUUUGAGAGGCUCAUCUUCUUGCAGCGAUGAUGGAUGCUGCAAGCGGCAUCCAUACGGAUUUAAUGAAAAUGCCUCGAAAGUGCUUUUGUUUGAGACAAACAGGUCAUGUGGAAUCUACACGAGUGCCGAAAUGCCCCUCACCAUGCCCAGUUCAUUGGCGUCGCCGUUGCUGCUGCGCCAUGGGGAUUACAACCGAGACGGCUACAUCGACCUACUGGUUCCGAGCACUUAUGGCCCUUUGUUGCUCACAAAUACCGCGAAUUCAAACGACGUGCCGUUUUCCUGUAGCCCCGUGGAUGGCAAUCUUGCGAAGGCUCCACAUGAGAAAUACCCAGCGUACACAAACGCGGUUCCAUUUUUUGUCGUUUUGAAUGACAGGGGACGUCUCGAUAUCGUGCUGACCUACCACGGAGGCGAAGCUCUUGACGUGGCGAUUUAUAUGAACCACCUAUCGUCAUUGGAGCAAAACUAUUUUCUAAUUAGUAGUACCCUCAAUGGUGCGUUCAAUGCGGACGCAUGGGGCCUGUACCAGCCUUGUGCUGUUCACCGCUUUGGUUGGAGUGACGUGUCAAUGCACAAGCGAUGGGCUUAUGCAACGCAACUCUCUAGGAGUCAGGGUCACGCCUUACCGUCCCCGCGGCUGCUCUUUGGUCUGGGUCGUACCUUUUCCUAUGUUGAGUACUACACUGUUGGCAUCGUCGCCGAGAAGCGGGCUCUAAUUCGCCAGUGGUCAGCACACCUAGUACCGAACUCAAAUUUAUUCUUGUGGUUAAAUCCAUUGUUGUCUCCUGGGCACUGGCGUCUGCGGCUAUACCUUGUCGACUCGGCCUACCAGAGGCUUCUGCUGGUGGUGCUGUCAACCGCCCUAGGGGUUAUUGGGAUUCCGAUCAUCUUACUAAAGUGGCAGGAGGUGCGACAGGACCGUCGAGAGUUGAAGUUUAGGUAG